UUGGCCUUUAUGCCUUAUACAUACACUAUUUUUUCUAAUACAAAUUAGAAAAUCCUUUAAAAUCUUGGAGAAUAUAAAUAUUAUAAAACCGAUGGAUUGGCGUGCGAUGCAAACGGAUAAAUAUAUUUAUGGAAUGAAAUUCAUUUAUGAAUAUUAAUAUGACCUACUUAAUUCGGUCGGAUUAUAAAGCGCUUUUUCCGGGCGUACGCUGUCGGCGCCAUUUUGUCAAGUCGCUGAGUUCGCUGAAUGAUGCAACGCGGCCGCUUGUUUGCACUAUAAAAACAUUUUUAAAUGUUUUACGAUUUGAAUUUCUGGGACCUAAGACUACGUGACUGCAAGAAUGACUGCUACCGAAUUAGAAUAUAUUGAUGCAGACGCGGAGUACAUACAGUUAGACCGCACAGAGACCCUAGAAACUGAAAUGCAAGAUGACAAUGAUGACAAUUGGGACUCGAAAAACAUUACAACAAUGUUGAAUUUAUACCUACAAAACUUGGAUAAGUUUAGGAAUCCUAAAGUAAGGAAAAAGAAUCUCUGGAUAGACAUCGGAGCAGCUGUAGGCAAGACACCAGACAGCUGCGACAAAAAGUUUAGAAAUCUAAAACAAACUUACUUAAGACUACUCAAAAAGAAAAACACAGAUGGCUGUUCUCAUAUAAAAUGGCCAUAUUUUAAUAUAUAUGAUCAAAUAUACUGUGUUGAUGGUGAAUAUCAGCCUGAGAUACAACAGAAAAUAUUAGAAGUCUCAAAUGAAGGUGUUGUUGCGAAAGCGUUAUUAUCAAUACGAUCAGGAACUACAUAUGCAACAGAAUUAAGUGAAAAUGGACAUAGUUCUAACCCAACAGAUGAAGAACGAAAGAAAGUUACCAAGAAAAGAUAUGCUGAACUAAAGAGAGUGACUUUGGAAAUGAGAGACAGACAAAGAAUGGUUGAAGAGAAGUUAGAUAGGUUAAUAAAUAUUGUGGAGGAAUCAAACAGUAUCCAAAGAGAAAGAAAUGCGUUAUUUGAACAAUUCUUGGAGAAAUUAAACCAAAAUCGUUAAAACUAUGAAUUUAAUAAUUAUUAAUUAUAAGUAUCUUUAUUUAUUUGACUGUGGUACUUGACAAAUUAUAAUUUUUUGAAUAAUAUAAAUUAUGAAUUACAAAUUAUUUUAAUAUUUA